AUGGGGGUUUUAUCAAGAUUGCACAAGCUUUGCCUUCCUGGUCAAGCCUUCACUCCCAGUCCUAUACCUUUGGUGUUUUUAUACUCCAAACAGCAAGUAGAUACAAUAUUCCCAAAUGGACCUAAACAACAACUAUCUAAAUUUCUAGAGAUCUCUUUGUCAAAAACAUUAACUUGUUACUAUCCAUGGGCAGGACGUCUAAAAGAUAAUGCCACUGUAGAAUGCAAUGAUGUUGGAGCCGAGUACUUUGAAGUUCAAAUUAAUUCUCCAAUGGAUGAAGUUGUUCAUCACUCAGAUUCAAGAAUCAAGGAUAUGGUCACAUUUCCUCAAGGUGCAACGUGGGGAAAUUGUACAGAUCGUGCUUUAGCUAUAGCACAACUCAUCCAUUUCGAGUGCGGAGAAAUAGCAAUCAGUGUCUGCUUAUCACACAAGGUGGGAGAUGGAUGCAGUUGCUACUGGUUUUUAAGGGAUGGGGCCUCAUUAACACGAGGUCCAAACGCGAAAAUCACAUCUACUCCAUACUUUGUUGAGGAUUCUGUAAUACCGUCACCACUGCCUGAUGGUCCUCUUGUUUCCCCAAACAUAAUUACUGGUAGUCUUGAUGGUUGUUUCCAGUCACCAUUGUGUUCUCAUAAUUACACCCUUCUACGUACACUAAAAGGGGAAACAAUCGAUCGAUUGUUGGUCGAUAAUUGA